AGAUUUGAAGGCUUUUCAGCCACAUUAACUUUUGUUUUUUUUUCUAAUAUAUAGAGUUAGUUUAUAUUCAUUACAGUAUUUGACGCUGUUCAGAUGCGAGGCACAAAAAGAGUUAGAAAUGAGACAGUGGCGCUUAAACCGAUAGGGCGCUUCUUAGUGUCUGAUGCCGCGAUUGUAAAGAAAAAGUCCAGUUGUGAAAAUAUCGACGGAGCUGCCUACGAUUUUGACAGUUCUGAGAUUGGCAACGGAACUCCAGGGAAUCCCUAUUACCUGCCUCUGCGAAAAAUUAGGAACCAUAAUGGUUGCUUUCAUUGUCCGAGUAGCUACUGCAAGUGUUUACAUUUUGAGGAGUUGCUUUCGCAAGCGUAUGAACGAUUACCGAUGAAAAGGAUAACAGAGGUUGCAGGUUCUCGACAUCUAUGCGCCAAGUCGUUGCUCCCAACGUUCAUUACUCGAGCCAUUCGGCUGAUGAAAAUAACCUCUUCUGACGUUUUUUAUGACUUGGGUUGUGGAAAUGGAUCAGUAUUAUUUCAAGUUGCCUGCCAAACCGGUACGAAGUGCGUUGGCAUAGAGAUAAGUCAACACAAUGCCAAUGUUGCACGAGAAGCGUGGCCAAUUUUUCGUUCUCUUUAUGAAACCCAUAAUGGGAAAACAACGGGAUCGGUUGAAAUCAUCGUUGGAGAUAUAGGCGACAUUCUGUCAAGUUCUAGUUUUUUGAAAAACAACAACGGUAACGUUGCCAUCCUUCUAUCCAAUCUUCUUUUUCCUAAAUCUCUUACACACUACAUCUCCGAACGACUAAGAGACGCUCCAUCUGGGACUAGGGUUCUGUGCUUUGAUGAUCUGUAUCCUCAUGGAAGGUCAGUGGCUUCCAUUCGCGACCCAGAAGCUUUUGAGUUGUUUGAAAUGAAAGACUAUAAGUGGCAGGAGAUGAGCGUAGAAUGGUGUGCAACGGAGGGAAACUUUUAUAUACAUUGGCAUCGAUGACUAGUUUAUGUGCCAGAUAGUAAGCGAUUUCUAUUUUUAAUUGUACUCAUCUUUUGUACCACUUCUUUUAUCUUUUCAACAAAUUCAAUUUCGCCAUGUGUAAAA